ACCCCUCCCCCCCCCCACCACCAUGGCAGCCCCGCUCGGUACCGGCGCCCACGCGGAGGAGACUGGGCAGGAGAAACAGGACACGCAAGAGAAGGAAACCGUCACCCCUGAGAGAGCAGAAGAGGCGAAACUGAAGGCCAAAUACCCCAACCUAGGCCAGAAGCCCGGAGGCUCCGACUUCCUCAUGAAGAGACUGCAGAAAGGGCAAAAAUACUUUGAUUCUGGUGACUACAACAUGGCCAAGGCAAAGAUGAAGAACAAGCAGUUGCCAAGUGCGGGGCCAGACAAGAACCUGGUGACAGGAGACCACAUCCCCACGCCGCAGGACCUCCCGCAGAGAAAAUCCUCGCUUGUAACCAGCAAGCUGGCGGGGUAGCCUGCACUCACAGGCUGGUUUUUUUCCUAUUUUCUUUUUUUCUUUUGGCUAAAUGGAUUGAACUUCACUGUACCAUAGGGACGGGAGCACCAGAAUCCACAUAGUUAUUUGAGUAUUUACAGCGAACACACACUAAAACCGAGAGGGCGAGCGAGAGGUGUCGGUAGCCUGGGAUGCACAGGCAGAUUUGAUUGGGCCGUUCCUUUUAGCGAGUUGGUUUGCUGCCUUAAUUUUCAUGCUGUUUGAAACCAUCCUCGCUUGCAGAGCCACUGAAGCACUGCCUCCUCGCUGGGAGAGCCGGGCGGCCCUGGGAGAAGCAGGAAAGUGCUCAGAGGAGUUGCUUGCUGUUUGCUUGGCACCGGGUGGGAGGGGAGAGCUCAGAGCUGUGACGUGUGAAUGCUUUUCAGGCAUUGGGUGUCUGCAGAGGAAGAACCGGCUGGGCAAAAGGUGUGAUACGUGUUCUAGAAGUUUAGUUAGGUGUGUGCAUUAGAGCUUCUAAGUGAAGAAAUUAGCUGAUCUGCGAAAAACUACGUGGCUGUGUUGCUGGGCUGAGCUGCCUGGGAUCUGUCCCCUGCUUGCACAAAGCAGCUGAGCUCACAGUGUCCGAUGUGUCCGAUGGCUGCGCGAGAGGGGCCAGGCGGUGUUUGAAACGGUCCUUGUGGCUUGGAGCUGCGAUGAGGUGUUUGCUGUUUCGGAGGUAGAGCCUCACCGCAGCUGCAUCCCAGUGUGGCUGUGAUGGAGGGGCGCAGGGUGAGGCUUGCAGCUGCCCCAGAGGGUUUGGGGGCAGUUUCUCUCUCGCCGGUCAGUUCUCGCCAGCGAGGCUGUCUGCCUUGGCAAGGGUGAGAGAUGGCUCCUCUCCUGGUUGCCAGGCAGGCAGCAAAAGGUGGUGAGCUGAAUCCCACCAGCAGCAGGGCGCUUGGGACACAGGAGAGUGUGGCCAAGCAGGCAGGCAGAGCCCUGUCUGGUCGCAUGCAGCCCCUGCCUGAUGCCCAGACUUCGGUGCUUGCAGAGGGGGGCCGGCAGCAGCCGGUGAGAUGGAUGUGAGCUGUUGGAGCUGAUCUCUGGAGGGAGAGAGGCAGGACUGGGAAUAACCACCCCAGAAGGGGAAAACAGCACCAGAGACAGAGCGUGGAGAUUAGGAAGAGAGGAGCAUAGAGGGAAAUCUGUGUUGACAGUGUCAGGCACCCCAAGCUUGGACUUCUUUCUUUUUUUCUCUUUUUUUUUUUUUCUUUUCUUCUUGCCUUUUCUUUGUUCCAGGCCUGAAAACAAAAAAAAAAAACCCCACAAAACAAAAAAACAAAACAAAAGGUUGGUGUGAUGGCUGCAGCCUGCAGAACGAUGUGCGUGCUCGGUGCAUGUACUGUCUGCUCCUCAUGCAGUGGAGACGAAGCGGCCUCCUGUCCUGUGCAGCGGAAGGUCUCGGCAUGCCUGUGCCAGGGCAGCACUAAACCUGCCCGGUUUAGGCCCGGUUUUGAAAGCAUGUGGGCAAAAGGAAGUCGAGUGGAUGUCUUUUUUUAUUUAUUUAAUUUUUUUUUUAAGGGAUUCCCAUCAGGUCAGGAGAAACCAAGGCAGGAAGGCAAUGGGUGAUGCUCUGCACAGGCAUGGCUUUCCUUACAUGCAUUCUUGGCUGGCUGACUCAGGCUUUCCUGAGAACCUGUUUCACUCAUGACGCUUUCCUGCUGCUGGCUGGAGCAAGGAACGUGGUGUUGCUUCCCGGGAGGGUGUUUGCCAAGGGUGUGCUCGAAUGCUUGCAUCUGCCUUCAGGUGGUUUGGAGCAAGCCAGCUGCAGCUCCACUCAUCAGGGCACCAUGAGCAAGGGGCUCCGUUGCGAGCCCUGUGGCCGCAGAGGACAGUUUUCUCUUUGUGGAGUGGGCAGGGAGCACAGCAGGAUUGGGGGCUGCCCACUUGUAACCACGGGUCCGUGCUUCGGUCUCCAUUGCCUUUCCAGACCCUGUGUGACCUGGCCGGGGCGGUGCUGGCAGUGGCUGUGCAACCUCCUUGGAUGUUCUGCUGUCUGUCCCAGCCAUGUUGUAAAUAGAUAUGAAUCGUAUAUAUAAAAAUAUAUAUAAUUUUUUACAUGUU